AUGAUCCCUCCAUCCGCCGUUUCCGUCUUCGCGUUCGUCGCCGCGCACGCGCGCGCGCUGUUCGCGCUGCCCGCGCAGGAGGUCGUCCUUGGCGCGUCGGGGUCGGGAGGUGCCGCCGGGCACGGUCGCGCGCUGUUCUUUGAUAUCCAGGCUCAUCGUGGAGGGAGGGGAAACACGGUCGAAAAUACGCUCCCCGGGUUCGCUUGGGGAUUAAUUAACGGUGCUACUACGCUAGAGUUGGAUAAUGGUAUCACGAAGGACGGAGUAGUGGUGGUCUGGCACGACGAGAACAUAACGCCGCAGAAAUGCAUCGAUACUGGGCCGGCUUUCCCAGACGAUCCCGACUAUCCUUACGUCGGGAAGUUCGUCGCCAACCUUACGCUGGCGCAGCUAAAGACCCUGGACUGUGGAUCAAAGAGGCAGCUUGGGUAUCCUCAUCAGUUGACGUUCCCGCAUACGCCGAUAUCAACCCUGAAGGAGCUGUUCUCUUUCCUCGAGUGUGCCGAUCCCCAGCACCGGGUCCUGCUCAACAUCGAGUCGAAGGUUGAUGCCAACUGGGAUAACCGGACGCGGGACCCCUUGACCUUCGUCGAGAAACAGUACGAGGCGUUCAAGGACAGCGGGAGGAUGGAUGCCAUUACUUACCAGAGCUUUGACUGGCGGACCCUGGUUGCCAUGAAGAGCUUGGAUCCCACGGUUAUGACGUCCGCGCUGAUUGACGAUGAAACUGCUGCUGAAACGGAAACGGAGCCCUCACCCUGGCUCGCCGGUCUCAAGCUGUCCUCGUUCCCUGGGCCGACGCUCGGGGAGCAGAUAGCGCAGGCCGCUCACUCCAUCCGAGCGGAUAUUAUCAGCCCUGCAGCGACUGCGCUCCGCUCGCGCGGUGUCGACCCGGAGGGCGAGGCUUAUGAAGGGUUUGUGACGAGGGAGAUGGUGGAGGAGGCUAGGAGGCUCGGGGUUAGGGUUAAGCCUUGGACUGUUAAUAGAUUGAACGUCGUUGAGCGGAUGAUGAACUGGAAGGUAGAUGGGAUCAUCACGGAUUAUCCUGAUGUUGUCCGUCGCUGGGCCAGUCAGCAGAACUUGCCUGUUGCGCCGCGUUACCCGAAGCAGCGAGUGUUCAGCUGCCUGGACCGCUAUAUGGGCAGACGUUAAGGCGCCCGCCCCUUCAAACGGUGGCAGAUGAUACGAACGAUGUACGAUUAUAAUGGGGAUGUAUAGACGACCUUGAUCGGUUCGGGGCAUAAUCGGUGGCUGCAUAGGGACAUAAAGCUUACUAGACAAGCUCGGAGAAC